UCCUGCCAUCGUUCCUUCCCGUAGAAUAUUUAACCUGCCGCGGGGUACUACCUUCCCUCUGCUUCUCUUGACUUUUCCUUACUACAACUCAUCUUCUCCUGUUCAAUUCUUCUCCCACGACUCCUCUUUGACACUGAACGAUUCCCUCCCUCACCCCAGUCGAUCAGCACCAUGAGUAAAUGUCCAGUCCACGCCGACUAUAAGACGGUCAACACCGGUGGCGGUGGAACCAGAAACAAGGACUGGUGGCCCAACUCGUUGAAGUUGAACAUCCUGCGCCAGCACACUCCAGUCAGCAAUCCCAACCCGGCCGAUUUCGACUAUGCUGCCGCCUUCAAGACCCUCGACUAUGAAGGACUGAAGAAAGAUCUCACCGCCCUGAUGACCGAUUCUCAAGAUUGGUGGCCCGCUGAUUUCGGUCAUUAUGGUGGUCUGUUUAUUAGAUUGGCCUGGCACAGUGCUGGAACAUAUCGUGUUGCCGAUGGUCGAGGUGGCGGCGGUGGCGGUCAACAGCGUUUUGCCCCCCUCAACAGCUGGCCCGACAAUGUCAGCCUGGACAAGGGUCGCCGUCUCCUCUGGCCCAUCAAGCAAAAAUAUGGCAACAAGAUCUCCUGGGCUGAUCUCUUCUUGCUCAGUGGAAACGUCGCGCUCGAGUCCAUGGGCUUCAAGACCUUUGGAUUUGCUGGUGGUCGUCCCGAUACCUGGGAAGCUGAUGAAUCCGUCUACUGGGGUGGUGAGACUACAUGGUUGGGCAACGAUGUCCGCUACUCAGACGGCAAAGCUGGUGUCACUGGAUCUGGUGUCAUCGAUGGAGACGAAUCCAAGAAUGAUCACAAGGACAUCCAUAAGCGUAACUUGGAGGAACCUCUCGGUGCUGCCCACAUGGGUCUGAUCUAUGUCAACCCCGAAGGCCCGGAUGGCAACCCUGAUCCAGUCGCUGCCGCUCGCGACAUCCGCACUACCUUUGGCCGCAUGGCAAUGAAUGAUGAAGAGACCGUUGCUUUGAUCGCUGGUGGCCACACUUUUGGAAAGACUCAUGGUGCUGCCCCUUCUGACAACGUUGGUGAGGAACCCGAAGCUGCUGGCCUGGAACAGCAAGGUUUCGGCUGGAACAACAAAUAUGGUUCCGGCAAGGGCCCAGAUACCAUUACCAGUGGACUGGAGGUUAUCUGGACCAAGACGCCGACCAAAUGGGGCAAUACCUUUUUCGAAUACCUCUUCAAGUACGACUGGGAGCUCACCAAGUCUCCAGCCGGCGCAAACCAAUGGGUUGCCAAGGGCGCCGAUGACUUCAUCCCCGAUGCCUAUGACUCCAACAAGAAGCAUAAACCCAGAAUGUUGACCACCGAUCUUUCUCUGCGCUUUGAUCCUGCAUACGAGAAGAUCUCUCGCCGAUUCCUUGAGAACCCAGACCAAUUCGCCGAUGCUUUUGCUCGUGCUUGGUUCAAGCUCCUCCACAGAGAUAUGGGUCCCCGAUCUCGAUGGCUCGGUCCUGAGAUCCCAUCCGAGGAGCUGCUAUGGGAGGACCCCAUCCCAGCUGCCAGCCGCCCUAGCAUCGACAGCAGCGAUAUCUCUCAAUUGAAGAAGGAUAUCCUUGCCACCGGUAUUGAGCCAGGCAAAUUCAUCCAGACUGCUUGGGCAUCUGCUUCAACUUUCCGAGGAAGUGACAAGCGUGGCGGUGCCAACGGUGCUCGCAUUCGUCUUGCGCCUCAAAAGGACUGGAAGGUCAACAACCCGACACAACUCAAAGAAGUGCUCAGCGCUCUCGAAGGCGUGCAAAAGAACAGCGGAAAGAAGGUCUCCAUUGCAGACUUGAUUGUCCUGGCUGGUGUUGCCGCUCUCGAGAAGGCCUCCGGCUUGUCUGUGCCUUUCACCCCCGGUCGUACCGAUGCUUCUCAGGAACAGACCGAUGUUGAGUCCUUCCAGCAUCUUGAGCCAUUCAUCGACGGAUUCCGCAACUACGGCAAGGGAACCCCCAGAGUUCUCACCGAACAAUUCCUCGUUGACCGAGCCCACCUCCUGAACCUUUCUGCGCCAGAGCUCACAGUUCUAAUCGGCGGUCUUCGUGCACUCGGCCAGAACUACGACGGAUCGUCUCAUGGUGUUCUCACCAAGCGCCCAGGUCAGUUGACCAACGACUUUUUCGUCAACCUCCUGGAUAUGGGCACCGCGUGGAAGGCCACCGGCAGUGACAACGAGCUGUUCGAAGGAGUUGACCGCAAGACGGGUCAAAAGAAGUGGACUGCCACUCGUAACGACUUGGUUUUCGGUUCUCACGCCGAGCUUCGUGCUUUGGCAGAGGUUUAUGCCAGUGCCGACGGAGCUGAAAAAUUCACUAAGGACUUUGUGGCUGCUUGGGACAAGGUGAUGAAUCUGGACAGAUUUGAUCUGGCCUCGUCGGGCACUACUGGCAAAGCAAGGCUUUGAAUGGCGAAUUAGAGUUGAUUGAUCAGAAAUGACUCGAAGGAAUGAACCCAUGAAAUGUGCACACCCAGGUAGCAUGGACCAGUCGGUGAGCUAGAUUGUAUUCCAUAGUUUAUCCAUGGAGACAAGACCAAUUGAGAAAAAUAACUGCGUUUUAUCAAGGGCCAUGUUCAUGUUUACACAAGCAAGCUAUCUAGUACGAGGUCACAUGUUGCGUAGACACUGCUUUCCAAAUGCUCCACUAAAGGCAAGAAGUUUCUGAUAGACCGACUGGAACGAGGGAGGAAAAGCAGAGAGGAUGCGAUUGAGAAU